AGUGUGAGAGGUGCGGCGGGGGAGGUAAUGAUGGUGGUGGCGGAGGAGGAAGGCGGGGGAGGGGGUGCUGGGCGCUGAGCUGCGGCUCUGGCACGGUUUGGUAGGGUGGGGGACGGUCGCGGGGCGAUCUGUCAGGGAGGGGGCGGGCGUGAGGGGCGCCGUCCGCCUGAGGGGCUGCAGAUUCCGGCUCCCGCGAGCGCCGUGGCUGGCUUGGCUGUUCCAUGUGGCUCCGGAGGGGAUGGAGGACUCGUUGGCGGCGGCGGCGGCUGCUGCUGCGGCGGCGACGGAGGAGCGGCUCUGAGGAGGGAACGGGGCCAGACUCACCCCGACAGCGGGAUUAGAGUCCUCCAGAAUACACGUCAUAUAGCCCCUGAGGUGGCAUGGUGAUGUCUCCAUGAGGAAACCUCCUUUCACUCAUCCUGUCAUGUAUAUCAUACUGUUCUUGACUGAGCCAUUCAUCUAAGAUGGAAUUUACCCUGUGAAACAGGGAGAAGACUUACCCCAAACUUCAAGUUAUAGUUGAGUUCUUAGAAGGACAGGCAUACAUACAAAGCUCCUUUGCUUUGGACCCUCUGCAUUAUUAAAGCUGCUGUAUUGCUAACCCAGAACUGCUCCAGAGUAUUGACCGAUCAUCAUGGCUUCAGUCUGGAAGAGACUGCAGCGUGUCGGAAAACAUGCAUCCAAGUUCCAGUUUGUGGCCUCCUACCAGGAGCUGAUGGUUGAGUGUACAAAGAAAUGGCAACCAGAUAAACUGGUGGUAGUUUGGACAAGAAGAAGCCGAAGGAAGUCUUCUAAGGCACAUAGCUGGCAACCUGGAAUAAAAAAUCCAUACCGUGGUGUUGUUGUGUGGCCUGUUCCUGAAAACAUUGAAAUCACUGUAACACUUUUUAAGGAUCCUCAUGCAGAGGAAUUUGAAGACAAAGAGUGGACAUUUGUCAUAGAAAAUGAAUCCCCUUCUGGUCGAAGGAAAGCUCUUGCUACUAGCAGCAUCAAUAUGAAACAGUAUGCAAGUCCUAUGCCAACUCAGACUGAUGUCAAGUUAAAAUUCAAGCCAUUAUCUAAAAAAGUUGUAUCUGCCACUCUCCAGUUUUCAUUAUCUUGCAUUUUCCUUAGGGAAGGAAAGGCCACAGACGAGGACAUGCAAAGUUUGGCUAGUUUGAUGAGUAUGAAGCAGGCUGACAUUGGCAAUUUAGAUGACUUUGAAGAAGAUAAUGAAGAUGAUGAUGAGAAUCGAGUGAACCAAGAGGAAAAGGCAGCAAAAAUUACAGAGCUUAUCAACAAACUUAACUUUUUGGAUGAAGCAGAAAAGGACUUGGCCACUGUGAAUUCAAAUCCAUUUGAUGAUCCUGAUGUAGCAGAAUUAAAUCCAUUUGGAGAUCUUGACUCAGAAGAACCAAUCACUGAAACAGCUUCACCUAAAAAACCAGAAGAAUCUCUUUAUAAUAACAGCUAUAAUCCCUUUCAAGAGGUACAGACUUCACAAUAUUCGAACCCAUUCGAUGAGCCAGAAACUUUUUUAACUAUAAAGGAUUCUCCUCCCCAUUCUACAAAAAGAAAAAAUAUAAGACCUGUAGACAUGAGCAAGUAUCUCUAUGCUGAUAGUUCGAAAACUGAAGAAGGAGAGUUGGAUGAAUCAAAUCCUUUUUAUGAACCUAAACCAACUCCUCCUCCAAAUAAUUUCAUAAAUCCCAUUCAAGAACUGGAAACUGAAAGGAGAGUGAAAAGAAAGGCCCCAGCCCCACCGGUCUUCUCACCAAAGACAGGGGGAGUAAAUGAAAACGCAAUUGUGUCUGCAGGAAAAGAUCUCUCUACUUCUCCUAAGCCAAGUCCUAUACCAAGUCCUGUUUUGGGGCAAAAGCCAAAUGCUAGUCAGUCAUUGCUUGUAUGGUGCAAAGAAGUUACGAAAAACUACCGGGGAGUGAAAAUCACCAAUUUUACUACAUCAUGGAGAAAUGGUUUAUCUUUCUGUGCAAUAUUACACCACUUUAGACCAGAUUUAAUUGACUACAAGUCUCUGAAUCCUCAAGAUAUUAAAGAGAACAACAAAAAGGCAUACGAUGGAUUUGCCAGCAUAGGAAUUUCCCGGUUAUUGGAACCUUCUGAUAUGGUUUUGUUAGCAAUUCCUGACAAACUGACUGUUAUGACGUAUCUCUAUCAAAUAAGGGCACAUUUCAGUGGCCAAGAACUAAAUGUUGUUCAGAUAGAGGAAAACAGCAGUAAAAGCACAUAUAAAGUUGGAAACUAUGAAACAGAUACAAACAGUUCUGUUGAUCAAGAAAAAUUUUAUGCAGAGCUUACUGAUCUGAAGCGGGAGCCUGAACUGCAACAGCCUACCAGCGGAGCAGUAGACUUCUUAUCGCAGGAUGACUCUGUAUUUGUACAUGAUAGUGGGGUUGGAGAGUCAGAAAGUGAGCAUCAGACUCCUGAUGAUCACCUUAGUCCAAGCACAGCCUCCCCUUACUGUCGCAGGACUAAAAGUGACAUAGAACCCCAAAAGUCUCAGCAGAGCUCUGGAAGGACUUCAGGAUCCGAUGACCCUGGAAUAUGUUCCAAUACAGAUUCAACCCAAGCACAGGUUUUGUUAGGCAAGAAGAGACUAUUGAAAGUUGAGACUUUAGAAUUAAGUGACAUGUAUGGUAGUGAUAAGAAAAAGGAUAUGUCUCCACCCUUUAUUUGUGAGGAUAAAGACGAGCAAAAGCGUCAGACUUUAGACAUCAGUAGUAACGUGGAGAAAGAAAAAUUAGAGAAUUCUAGACCCUUAGAAUGCAGAUCAGAUCCUGAAUCACCUAUCAAAAAACCAAGUUUAUCUCCUACUUCUAAACUUGGAUACUCAUACAGUAGAGAUGCAGACCUUGCGAAGAAAAAACACACUUCCCUGAGGCAGACGGAAUCUGAUCCAGAUGCUGAUAGAACAACUUUAAAUCAUGCAGAUCAUUCUGCAAAAACAGUCCAGCAUCGAAUGUUAUCUAGACAAGAAGAACUUAAAGAAAGAGCAAGAGUUCUGCUUGAGCAAGCAAGAAGAGAUGCAGCUUUAAAGGCAGGGAAUAAGCAGAACACCAAUGCAGCCACACCGCUCUGCAACAGGCAGCUAAGUGAUCAGCAAGAUGAAGAGCGACGUCGGCAGCUGAGAGAGAGAGCUCGUCAGCUAAUAGCAGAAGCUCGAUCUGGAGUGAAGAUGUCAGAACUUCCCAGCUAUGGUGAAAUGGCUGCAGAAAAGUUGAAAGAAAGGUCAAAGGCAUCUGGAGAACAAAACAAUAAGUUGGUGGACUUGAAAUUGAAGAAGCUCCUAGAAGCUCAGCCACAGGUGGCAAAUUCACUCCCUAGUGCUGCCCAGAAAGCUGUGACUGAGAUCUCAGAGCAAGAAAUUAAGAAUGGCACAGAAGAUCUCCGAACUGAGCGAUUACAAAAAGCAACAGAACGUUUUAGAAAUCCUGUUGUGUUCAGCAAGGAUUCUACAGUCAGAAAAACUCAACUUCAGUCUUUCAGUCAAUAUGUUGAGAAUAGACCAGAGAUGAAAAGGCAGAGAUCAAUACAGGAAGAUACAAAGAAAGGAAAUGAGGAGAAGGCAGCGAUAACUGAAACUCAGAGGAAGCCAUCAGAAGAUGAAGUGCUUAAUAAAGGGUUCAAAGACACCAGUCAGUAUGUUGUAGGAGAAUUGGCAGCACUAGAGAAUGAGCAAAAGCAAAUUGACACCCGUGCCGCGCUGGUGGAGAAGCGCCUUCGCUAUCUCAUGGACACAGGAAGGAACACAGAAGAAGAAGAAGCUAUGAUGCAGGAAUGGUUUAUGUUAGUUAAUAAGAAAAAUGCCUUAAUAAGGAGAAUGAACCAGCUCUCUCUUCUGGAAAAAGAACAUGAUUUAGAACGAAGGUAUGAGCUGCUGAACCGGGAAUUGCGGGCAAUGCUAGCCAUUGAAGACUGGCAGAAGACCGAGGCCCAGAAGCGACGCGAACAGCUCCUGCUAGAUGAGCUGGUGGCCCUGGUGAACAAGCGCGAUGCGCUCGUCAGGGACUUGGACGCUCAGGAGAAGCAGGCCGAAGAAGAAGAUGAGCAUUUGGAGCGAACUCUGGAGCAAAACAAAGGCAAGAUGGCCAAGAAAGAGGAGAAAUGUGUUCUUCAGUAGCCGUCAGACCAGAAUCUCUCCCAACAUUUUAGAGUCUUGGUUCCCCAGACCAGAAAAAGUCAGACUCAUCGAUUUAAAACUUUUAACAUUUUGUUUGACUGGAUUGUACUUCUUUACCACCACCACCCUUUUUCUUCCCUCAUUUCCAGAUAAUAUACAGAACUCCAGAAUAGCUUUAAGGAUUUUUUUGUGAGUUAAUCAUUUCCUUGAAAUCAUGUGAAAUAGAUUUGCACAAACACCUUGUGAGUGAUUGGUAUUGGAGGUGUUCAAGAAGCUGUUCAAAAAAAAAAAAGCUUGUCAUUAUUUUCCCUCAUUUUUUGAUGGAAGGAAAAUUUAAAACAUUUUUGUUGUUGUUGGUAAUAGCAUAAUGACAGUGGGAGGGGGGUAACAAGGGGAUAAGAAAAAUGUCAUGAUUUUUUUUCCGGUCCUGCCAUAUGUAACAUUUACUCUGUUACCUAAAUUUUAUAGUUAGAUCAUAUUCAGUCUGCUUAUUAACCUGUGUUCUAUUUACCAGUGGAGUUUUCUGCAGUUGUUUACGUUUCACUGUAAGGAUAAUAGAGUUCCUCUUCUCCCUCUGCUUUCCUCAGAGGAUGGCCCUUUAACAUAGCCAGAGACAAGCCCUGUGGUUUGAAGGUGAGCUGUGAGGAUGGGACUAAUUGACAUGCAUCAGUUUAUAAAGGCAGUCCUUAUCUGAGAAUGCACCAUCUUUUUCUCUGGAUAAUUAUUUAUUACAUCUUGCUUGGUUCCUACAUUUUGUUGCGUCUCAACAUUGACUCAAGAAUGCUGUUAAUAUUUAUUCUGUAUUGAUAAUAGUCUGUCUUGCCACUACAAGUAAAUCCCCUCAUUUAAUAUUUUCUUCUCUAGCAUAGCACUGUCAUUCUUUUUGUGAAAAUGGUUGUUUAUUUAUUACAAUACUGAGUCAUAAAUUUUCAAUAAAAGCAAAAACUUUCUUACCUUA